AUGGAUGAUUAUAUGAGUUACAAUAAUUUUUAUCAGCAGCCGAUGCCCGGGUCUGAUAUGUAUCCGCCGCAACAACUUGGAGGGAUAGAAGAUCAGAUGGGCAUACAGCCGAAAGCGAACGAACCACCACCGCCACCACCGAUUGUAAUCUGUCCGACGGAAGUGGAUCAUAUUAAUGUGACUCUUGAGAAAAAUCAACAAUGUAAAUGCAAGGACUGCGAUAAACUUUUUAACUCGGUUUGGUAUUUGAAACAACACGCUGUAAAACAUUCAAAUGAUCGACCAUUCAAGUGCAAAUUCUGUUUUAAAACCUACAAAUUUCGAUCAAAUCUCUAUCAACACAAAUGCCCAGAGCGUCAGAAGUCAAUAGCACAACGUCGACGAGGACAGAAUAUCAUUAACACAAAACGGAAUGAGACUCAAAUCAUCAAGACAAGCAAGAUUGAGACGGCAAUCAUGCAAGAGGAGCCUCAAGUCAACAAUUUUCCGUUGCAACUUCAGAAUUGUUUCUCAGAAACCGAGGAUAAUGAUGCUCCAAUUACAUAUGGGCUGGUGAUCCAGAAUAUGGAUCCAAAUCAAAUGCAGCCACAGUUGACUCUUUCGCAGCAAAUGCCACAACAGACUCCACCACAGCAGAUGCCGCUUCAGGAUAUGCAGCAACAGCAACAGCAGCAGACACCACAUGAGCCAUCACAGCAGCAAUCACCCCUUGAUUUGCAGAAUUAUCAAAACUUCCAAAUGCAACUUCCGCCAUCAAUCGAUCCUUUGAUGAACGACAUGGAAAACUGUUUCGACAAGCAGGCGGAUUUCGAUAGCGUACGUGGAGAGCAGCUCCCAUUGCAACAGAUUGAAGACUACCUUGAGAAAAACAAACAUAAGCUAUUCUCGUGCCGCAAAUGCCGUGUCUUCCUGCCAACCGAAGAAGCUUUCAUGAGACAUUCAGCGUCUCACAAUGGCGAAGAUUUAUUUCCGUACAAAUGCACACACUGCCGUCAAGCGUUCGAUUGCGAAAAAGAGCUGAUGAGACAUUGCCAGACACACGCGCCAGAGGAGGGUGUAUUUAGAUGUUAUGAAUGUUGUGGUCAAUUCAAGAGCCAAUAUGCUCUCCGACGCCAUCGGGAUCAGUGUCGUCCAUGCUUUGUGCCACCGAUGCAGAACAGCAUCGUGAGUGGUAGAAGAAGAAUUUUCAAAUUAUAUGUUAACAAUUUUCAGAUGGUAUCCGUACAAACUCCAUUCGACCCAUUCUCAUUCAUCCCAGACGACAGCUUGUUCCUUCCAGUUUGCGACGACCUUUCAACCGUCGGAACUGAUAGUGGAAUGGGAAGUGAAGGAUCACCAAACAGCAUGUCACAAGCUUCGCCUGAAAGAAAUGGAAUGGAUGACACGUUCAGCUUCCUCAACGGUAACAAGAAGAAGGAGAAGGAGGAUGAUGAGGAUUCCGGAUUCCGUUCUCGUCUCAACUCGGUGACCCAUUCUUGCUCACCAGACUCAUUUUCUGAUUCUCACUGCGAUUCGCCACCACGAAAACUGUCUGGAGGCAGUGGACUCGGAGCUUCCUCAUUUCUUGGUGGCUAUGGAACCGGCCCAACUUAUGGUCAGCAGAUGAUUUAUGACAAGAGCAUUGAUGAGAUCGAUUGCGACAGCUACGGAGCUAUGAUUAAGGACACUCCAUUGAUGUAUCAGCAGCAAAUCAUUUCUUUGAGAAGUCAAGAAGUCAAUGGAAAUGGUCUGAUGGUUGCCCCAAUUAUUCAGUACCACAUGCAGCCAAUGUCAAUGAAAGAGUUCUUUCAAACGCAACCCUCCACAUCAGAUGCUGACACUUUUGAAAGCUUCGAGAAUGAUAGCCACCCGUGGAAGAAUGAUGGUUACGAUAUGCCAGCAGUAGAAACCUUAGAAGUCAAAGAGCUCGCCGCUGUGCUGAUAGCUAUGUAUUUGUGCAGUGCCGCUGAUCAAUUGUCGGAUGUGCUCUCAACUCUGGCAUCUCUUUCAAUUCAUUAA